UUUUCACGUCGAUAUACUAUUUAUCUUAUCCUUAACAAUAAUAACAAAUGACUGGUGUCAAUAUGACUAGCAUGACCCCUGCGAGGAAAGGUGAUCUGACAUCUGAAGAGAGAGUGAUGCUACAGGUAGCUGCUGCAGGUGAUGUGCAAGAGGCCACCCAGCUACUCAGCAAUCCAAAUGUGCGUGUUAACUGUCUGGAUGAGUAUGGCAUGACUCCUCUCAUGCAUGCGGCCUAUAAGGGCAAAGCAGACAUGUGCAGACUGCUGCUGCAGCACGGAGCUGAUGUCAACUGUAACGAGCAUGAGUAUGGUUAUACUGCUCUCAUGUUCGCUGGCCUCUCAGGUAAUGCAGAAAUAACAGAGAUGAUCUUAGACGCUGGAGCAGAGACAGAUCUGGUCAACUCCGUGGGACGGACUGCUGCUCAGAUGGCUGCCUUUGUGGGUCAGCAUGACUGUGUGACAGUGAUCAACAAUUUCUUUUCUCGUGCGAGGCUGGAAUACUACACCAGACCCCAGGGCUCAGAGAUUGAACCUAAACUACCCCCCAAACUAGUAGGACCCCUACACAAAAUCAUCAUGACUACUAACCUCAAUCCUGUCAAGAUGGUGAUGCUGGUGAAGGAGGACCCCUUAUUGGUGGAUGUGGUUGCCCUGGAGAAGUGCUACCGUGUGAUGGAUCUGCUCUGCGAGCAGUGCGUGAAACAGCAGGACAUGAAUGAGGUUCUGGCCAUGAAGAUGCACUACAUCAGCUGCGUGCUGCAGAAGUGUCUGGCCUUCCUGCAGGAACGAGAUGACAACCUGGAUGCCCUGUUGAAGAGCCUUCUCAAAGGAAGAGAUGGUGAUGGCUUCCCUCAGUACCAGGAGAAAUUCAUCCGUGAUUGUAUCCGGAAGUUUCCCUAUUGUGAGGCAACCCUGCUGCAACAGCUGGUCCGAAGUAUAGCACCAGUGGAAAUUGGUAACGACCCCACAGCCUUCUCGGUUCUGACCCAGGCACUGACAGGCCAGAUGGUGCUUAUGGACACAGAGUACUGUGCUACGUGUGGAGAGAAGGGUGCUGACAAGAAGUGCUCCUUCUGUAAAAUGGUGGUCUACUGUGGGCUAACGUGUCAGAGGCUGCACUGGUUCACCCAUAAGAGGCAGUGCAAAACUCCUGUGCCACAGAGAGGCAACUGCCAACCCAAACCGAGAGAACUCUCUAGCAAUGUUGAUGACAAUGACGUAGUGAACGCCGCCAGCUCCAUGCUGGCUCUGUGUCUGGGGUUGUCAAAGUGUGCACUUCAGAACGGUCCGUCUGAUGACCAAAGUGAAACCUCUGAGGCCUCUGAAGAUCCUCCUUGCGCUGGAAAGAACUGAGGAACAGAAAGAUAUUGGCUCUUGUUUCUUUGGCCAGGUGAAGUCUGCUGGGCAUCCAGUUCAUCCUCAGCCUGCUGUGCUGUGAUUGGUGCUCUGCAUUUUAUAGGAAACAUUUUAUUCAGUAAUUUAUGAUACUGAAGUGUUGGAUUGUAUUUAUUCUGUGUCUCCUUAAACUGUGUAAGUACCACACAGAAGACAGGACAUGUAGAGCACAUGACAAACUGCUAACCAAAGGACAUCCUGUUUUGACUGUGGGCAUCUGUUUGAAAAACAAAACAAAAAAAACUUUGAGGACUUUCUCUACAACUUUAAAGGAAUCAUUCACCCAAAAAUGAAAAUCUGCUAAAAAUGUACUCACCCUCAG